ACCUGUGUCAGGUGAUAUUUCGACUUACCUGUAACUCCAGUGAGUUUGCUUCCUUACCCGUGCUUAUAAGGUGUGGUUUGAGAGUUCUGGUUUAAUAAAAGUUGCGCGUUUAUAUACAUUAUCUUGUCCGAGUCUAAGAAGACUAAGAGCUGUAACAUCUAAUUUAGCUUUGAGGAUAGAAUUUAUGUUCGUUAUCAAGUCGUACGGAAAUGAAAUAACUUCUGCAGGAGGUCGGGAGCAUCUACAAUUUAAGCUCAUGCAGACUCAAGAGGAUGGAGCCAUUUACCUGCUUUUGCCUAAAUCCAUCAAAUGUGUUUCAACCAGUCUCUAGGAAGCAGUGAGAGAAUGCCCUUGCUUCAGGGUAUGACGGUACUACGUCACAGACAGACACUCUGCACAGAGAAACGUGCUGUCUGUCCUUGAGUGAAUCCUUAGCCAUCAGGUGAUUCUGGGUGAUGCCAAUGAAAACUGUGCUCAAAGCCACUCAGAUUUUGCUCACAGAAAUUGAUAAAGGGAACAAUGAGAAGCACAAGCACAUUGGCAGCAUGAGUACUCAAAAGGCUUUAGAUCAGUAUACUGAAGCAUUUGACUUGGUAAAAGACCAUCCAGAGCAUGACGAGCUACAGAACUGGUUGUCACUAGCAGAAUUGCACCAAGAUGACACAUUCUCCCUUGAAGGCUGUGUGCAAUUGGAGAGGAGGUGGAUACUCUGGCACAAGUUUAUGAAAGAAUACUCUUGUUUGGAUGAUUGGUUGCGAUUGGCAGAGAAAUCAGCUGCGUCCCCAAAUUCCAGCCAUGUGCUAUACGCCACAGCAAAAGAGGAACUGCAGAAGUUUGAGAGUCUGCGCACUGAGGCCAGGCUGCGCUUGGCCCAGUGUGACAGCCUGAGCCAGACAAGCCACAUCCUGUUGGGGCUGUUCAGGGGCUCUAUGAAAACCAGGCUAAAAGAUAUGACCAAAGAGUGCGGGCAGCGCUGGGACCAGCUCAGCAUCACUUUAGACACUGUGUGCCGUCGGUUGAAGCAUUUUGUUGUCCUGCGGGAGGACUUUGAGAGGCAGCAAGAGGAAAUGGCCAUCUGGCUGGCUAACAUGGAUCUGAAGCUGACUGAGGUGGAGCAUUUUUCUGAAAUGAACACCUGUGCCAAAAUGCGACAACUUCAGGGUUUCCAGGAGGCAGUGGCUGAAAGUGCAGGUCGGCUAAAUGCACUGCUCCAGCAAGGGGAAGAGCUGAUCCAGAGAAGUGAGCCAGCUGAUGCCCAGGUCAUCGAGAGCCAACUACAGGAGCUGCUCCUGUACUGUGCUCGUGUCUUUCAGGGCCUGGGUCGUCUUCACACACGCCUUCUUAGCAUGAGACUGGUGUUUGAGGAGGACUGGGUUCUGUGUCCAGAUUCUGGCUGUCCCUCUGAGACAUUGCUGGAGGAGGAAAAUGUUCAAGACCACAGCCUUGCACCACCAGUCCAGGGUAACCCCUCUCAGGUUUUCCCAGAGCAGCUUGUCCUGGAGUGGGACCCCUCAGUAGACAUUGGAGGCUCCAUUUCCCAUGAUGAUGAUACAGACUCUUCCUACCUCAGUGCUGGUGCAGGGAUUUACAGCAAAGAGGAGCUCCUUACCAACUAUCCUUGGAGGAGGAGAGCUUACCUGAGAUCUGCAGAGUCUUGUCCAGCUGCUACUGCGAAAUCUACGCAGCAGACGGUUACUGAAUGUAGCUUAAAUGGUAUGGCUCCACCCCAGACCCCUGUGCCAGCAGACACUGAUAGGCCACUGUAUGCUUCAUUGUGGAAGACUUCCACCCCAGAUUCACACUCUUCUCAGCCCAUCACCUUUAAAUCUGACCGUGUCAGUGCCUGGCUGGUCCAGACACCCCGGCUGUGCUCUAGAGCUGUCCAGACAGAGCAUGCUCCACAGCAGUGUUCAAGCUUUUAUUCAUCACCAUCCACACAGGAGCACAAGAAGGAGGUGGUGAGGGAAGCUGACUAUCUAGAAAGUGUGCUUCACAAGAGUCACUCAUGUUCACCCCACACUAAUAUCAUGUGUUCCUCCAAGUCAUGUGACCUUCAGUCUCACUCUGCCAAAUAUUACCCAAACCCACAGUGUAUGAAGGAGAGACUGAACGCCAGUGAUUCAAUGAAGGACAACAGCUGCACUAAGACACGUUGUGCCAACAGUGAACAGCACAUCUGGAGACCAAGUCUCCUGAAGCUGUUGGAGGUCCUGAAGUUCCUAGCUCUGCUCUGCAUUCUGCUAGCUUUAUUUGUGGUUCUGGUUAUCUGGCCCCGCUCAGUGCUCCAGGACAACCAUUGCUACCGCUCCAACUCCCUGGCACAUUCCUUCCACCUAGCCUUGUGCUAUGUCAAUGGACCACCUCCAACCUGAGGACUGCAGAGACAUGCGGGGUACCCUAAACCCUAUUGUAUUUGAGAGAUAUUAAAGCCGAGCACCAUGGACUACAGGCUCUGAAAAAAAUAACUGAAAGAAUUGCACAGAGUUGAAGUGAAAGACUUUACACAUUAGACCAGGUUUUAUUAGCCACUUUGGACACAAGAAACAAAGUUUUGACUUGGAGCCAAUUUUGAUGUCUAUCCCUGGCAAUAGCCUAGCCUUAAUUAUUAAUGAUGCAGGUUUGGUUCAGUACAGGACUGAAUCAUUGGAAUUAUAAACAUUUCAGUAUCUUGAAAUGCUAGAAUUUAUUUAUUAAUAUUUUUAAAAGCAAAAUAAAUAAAUAAAGUAUGUUAAACUGUAAUUUGUGAUGUGAACUGAUAUCACUGUCUCCAGAAUGGGUGUAAUCUGCAGGGAAGUUUUUGGUUUUCUGACAUAAGGAGCCAAAGCACCAGUGUCCACAUUGACUUGUCUCAAGUCUACCCAUAAGUCCAUAAACUGUAACAAUCCUAGGCUUGAUUUCAGCUGUCUAUGAAUUUAAAGAAUAUAUUACAUAUAAUCCCAUAUGGCAUUCUGUUCUUGUCUAUAGAAAUGUAUUUCACUAUUUAGAUCCAUAAUCAGAACAGAAACUGGGUGACAGUUUCCACUUCAAACUCAUGGACCGGACUUCCUCUAAUAGAUCUGACAUUUGAAAAAUUGAAGCACUUGGGUGAAGCACUAUGGCUGUGUGAUAUACUGUGUACAAAUUCAAAAAACGUUAUGACAAGUAAUGGUUUAUGCCUCCUGCCAUGCCCAAUGUAGCCUUCACUGUGAAACAUUUGAGAGGCCUAAUAUAAUGUUUAAACUACAGACUC